CGGCGGAAACAGUUGGAUGCAUUCAAACCACGAGAGUCAAGGUACUUCCUCAAUUUGAAGAGUUCCGCAACCACUCGCAACUCCACCUCGUCUUUCGAAAGGGUAGGGCUGCGUAGCAUGGUCGUGAAUGCCUCCAUCCCCGCAGGUUCCCGAUCGCUGACUUCCAAGGACCCCUGGAAUGAUGGGGGCACGCUUCCGCCCUCUGUGUCAUUACCAGAAUCUAUUACUUCGAAGCCCGCGGAUGACGAUGAAUCGGCCAAGGACUUCAUACAGAUCGCUCGGCACUUGGGACAGGUAGAGACACCGAUUUCGUUGCUGCGAAGGAAUAUUGCUACAGCAACGAAGACCACAGUACUGUGGCGCAGAUGUCGGCCAUCUUGGUCAGAGGGGACCCAGUCAAGGUCAUCGCCUACGCUGCACAUGCUAAACAGACAUUCUUCAGAAUAUCCCUGGUCAAGUUCAUGGCAAAGCCUGACGCUCGUAGAAGACAAUCGGGGGAGCACGGGCAUAUCAAAGCAUGUAAGGAAGGUGCGCAGGAAGGACGAAAAAUCGCUGUGCCAUUGCCGGUCAUGCAGAACCGUGUCCGUUUCGUCAUCGCCACCGAGAGCGACCAUCGCAGUUAGGCCUAGUACUUCCCAAGGGUCAUGUGCGCCAUCAAGGAUGUUAUCGGGAACUUCAAUGUCCUCCAACCCCCACUCUGAGUCAUCAGGUGGUACACAAGACAGCCGCGCAACGUGCUUCCGCAAGGGAUGCGGGUAUUUGUUGACACAUGGGAGAUAUCGCAUGUCCAAAGUAUAUUCCUUCAUCAAAGGUUCUAGUUUUUCGUCCAUCACUUGCUUUGCUGUUGGACUUAGACGAUACAGGGCGUAUUUUAGUCCGCAGAAAUCGGAACAGUAGGAGAAAAAGGAUUCCAGCAGCGAGACUUCCAAAAUCACCGCGUGUUCAGUAGUUAUGUCCUUGUACCGUGACCUGACC